AUGUUGUCAACCAAAGCAAAAGAAGUGAAAAAACAUGCGGCCGAGGCAAUUCUUCGAGUGGUAUUUGCACAAGCGAUAAUAAGCAUAAUCAUUUCUUUGAUAGCUUCGAAAAUCAAUAGAAUAGUCCAUCGUCAAGCACCAUUAACCGCAAUAAAUGUUGUGAAUAAGACCACCGAAGGAAUUCCCAUACCAAAUCUGUUUGUAUGUGGACAACACAUUGAGCACAUCACCGUAGAGAAAAUUCCAUUUCUUAGUGAAAGAGCGAUAUUGGUUGAAGAGUAUUAUUUAUGGAAAACAAAUGAUGCUACACUUAAAGCUGGCGGUGAUUUAACAGAGGGCAAAGACCCAUGUUUUAUUUUUCAGCCUAAUGGAACACUUAAAUUCAAAUUAACAAAUGAUUCUAAUUCAGUGUCCAUUGAUUAUAUUUCGAUCAUUGCGUAUUCCAAAAGAAAUAUUUCACGUGAGGAUAAUAAUAUAACUUUGGUCGGAUUAUGGGAUUCUAAACGCGAUAUUAGCACCAGAAAAACGUUCUUCGCUCGUGCUGCAACCAUUAACCAGCUUACAAAUAUAUCAAUUAAUAAACAAAAUACACUUCAAGUUGAAAAGUUUGGAACUGAAAAAAUUACAGCAAUGAUUAGCAUUUCUCCAGAUUCGUAUAUGGUGACUGAAUAUACAGAAACGCAGACAUAUGGAUGGAUAGACUUGGUUGGUACUAUAGGAGGUCUUCUUACAUACGCAAUAGCAGUUUGGGAAUUUUUAUUUGGACGGGGAAAGUAUAGAUCAUGGGGUUUUGUUCAACGCUUUCUAUUACGAAAUUCUCCAAAUGUCAAAAAGCUUCCAUUAAUGAAAAAAGAAGAAUUAUUUAACGAACCAAGUUCAUCAUCACCUCCGACUCGUCCACCCACAAAUAAAAUAAAUCCAGAAUACUAUGUUAAGACUACGGGCACGCCAACUCAAUCCCUUUUUCGCAUUAAUAACACGCCAGUAUCAGUAGAUGUGCCUUUUUCAGGAAUGAAUGACGAGAUACUACGUAAGAUAGAUACAAUUAAUGAAAAACUUUGGUUUUUAGAGCAAACGUUAAGUCGUCAUUAUUUGGCAGGAUUCCGAUUAAGGCAGUACUAUGAUGAUAAAUAG